AUGGCGGCUGGAAUGAAAGCAAGAUCUAACAGGACAUUAACAGCAUCGUCUACUUUACCAAUAUCUUGUCAAAUAUGCUUGGAUACGGUCAAACAGCCAGUCUUAUGCACCAACAACCAUGUGUUCUGUUCAGCCUGUAUGGAUGUUUGGCUAAAACGAAACAGUCACUGCCCUGCCUGUCGAACUUCCAUUUCUCCCAACAAUCCUGUAAAGCAGAUUAUAGGAGGUUUGGAACACUACCAAGAUGACAAAAGUUCGAAUGCAGCUCUAAGAAAGACCAGAUUUGACCUUCUCUACAAAGAAUAUGAGGACGAGUUUGAAAAACUCCAGUCGGAAUCCAUGCUCCUGAAAGCUGAGAAUGAUAUCUUGAAGGGUCGACUGAAAUCCUCUUCAGGGUCCAGCCAACUGGUUAAAGAUAUGGAUAAGCCCAUCAGUACGGCCGAUACAAACAAGUUGAUGAUAAUUACCAAGAAACUGGAAGAUACACAGAAGUGGAAUGUCAGGAUGAAAGAGGAAUCAACAAGGCUGAAACGGGAAAACUCCAAACUGAAGGACGAAAAUGUUUAUCUAAGCCGAGAAAAUGAAAAACUAAAAAUAGAACUUUCCAGCAGAUCACCACAUAAGUAUGGUAGAAUUACAGUUGCAACCCUGGAAUCCCAAGUGGAGAAGUAUGAGAAGGAAAUACAACUGCUGCAAAAGGCUCUCGAGAGAAGUGAUAAGUACAUAGCAGAGCUGGAAAAUAUGAAAUCAGUGAGAGGUGAUGGUGGAAAUUCAGUGACCAGUAAAGAUUUACGACACAAAAUAGAUUUAGCUUCAAAAGACAAAUUUGACUCCCUGAGUGGAUUUGGAUAUAAUGAAGUCAGUGGAUCAAAGAGACAGCUGUUUGGUGAUGAGGAAAAUGGUGCUGCUACAGGAUCAUUACCAUCAAGCUAUGCUGCUGCAGCUUCCUUGAAGUCCAUGCAGACAUCUGGUGCAGACAUCACGCGUCCCUAUUCCUCUGUCCUUUCGUCCUCUGUAGGUGCUUCAUCAAAUACAUUCAGUUCAUCUUCGAGUGCUGGGCGAUCUGCCAGUUCAAGUUACAUGAAUCCUGCGACAUCAGGCUAUGGUGGUUCUGUAGCCUACAUGUCAAACAAAGAUGGAAUGGAUGUGCCUAAAGCUUGGACUGAUCAGGGUGAUAUUCAAGAAUUGGAAAGACCGGGGAACUAUAGUUAUAAUUCCAACAUUGAUUUGUCAUCUACGAAUUCCGACUCAUUUUUGCCAGAACCGAAAAAGAGGCUGUUUGACAGUUCUGACGAUUUUAACUUAUCCAUGAGUCCCAUUAAAGCUACAAGGAUGUUGUAGCAGGGAUUUAUGUCUGGAUUGUGAGGUACCUUUGAUGUCACUCUAAAUAUAUUAUAAUCAAGGUGACAUUGUGCAAGGAUGAAUUGUGUUUCAUAGCUUUGGACCUUGUUAUCAAUAUAGUAUCAGUACAGAAACCUGGUGAGUAAUAAGGGUCUGAUUCCGUCCAUUACAUGUCACAUUUUCACACUGCUUUUAGUGUGUAGCCAAGGUGAUUCCUCUAUUUUGGGUUAGACCAUCAUAAACUUUAAUUAGGCUACAGAAAGGCUGAUCAAAGUAAGCUUGUGAGCAGGUGGUUGAUGGACAAUGAGUGCUAUCCACCUACCUUUACUGCCAAGAUAAGAACGGUUGACUGGAGUUCUCAAUCAGUACGUGUGUAAAGACAAUGAUAAUUUUAAUUGGUGUAUAUUUUUAUACAAGUCAUGAUCAAAGUUCUGAGUGUAUAUUUUUAUUUUUUACACUGGUGUGAACAUCAUUUGUUAUUUUUGGUAACAAUUUCAAGACAUAUGACUGGUUGCUUUUAGGUGAUGACCAGGUCGCCAAUGCCAUACCAUCCAAUUAAAAAAAUAGUAUCGACAUCGAUUACACUGUGACUAUAGUUAACCUGACAUUGAUUAGACUGACACAUAAGUUAGUUGCAAGCACUAAGGCCGUAAAUAGGUUUUAGUCCGAAAAUAGGUUUAAAUUUGCUUAAAAUCUGGUUCUUACGGAUAUGUUACCAAUAGAAUAUUACAUUUGUGUCUGCUAGAUACCAUUUAUUUUACAUUUAAAACUACACAACUCACUUUUGCUUGUUAAAUAAAACUCGUAAAAUAAUGGUAUCUGAAGGCCACUUGUAGUAUUCUCUAUAUCGGGUCAUGAUCAAAGAUUGGUAUCAAAUGCAUUGUUACAUUACCAGGAUUUGUCAUAUUUAUGCCUUGAAAAAUACCACCUUUGAAAAUAAGCACAUGAAGAAGUUUAAAAAUUUCAUACUCUAAUUUUUAAAAAGUGCAUUGCUCAGUGUAAAUCGGUCACAUGUAAAAUGUGUUUCAGUAUCCUAGGCAUUGGAAGAUGCUAUCAAGCUUUUAUUUUAUUCAUUUGCCUUUCAUUAGAGUGGGGGCAAUGCAUAUUAUUGCCACCUCACUAGGGCUUAAUACCUUCCACGCUUGUAAGUGUUUUAUAUGUAACAUUAAUUUAUUGUGUAUUUUGUUUUCAAUUAUUUUAUGAUUAAAUACUAUUCAUAUAUUUAUUUUUUAUUUCUAAAUUUAAAUAGGCUUAAGUACAGUGCAUUUUCCUGUUUUUAUGCCCAUGGGCAUCAUCUUGUGUGAGCUUGAAUACAGAAACCCCCAGUGUAACUUGUUGAAUAGAUGCCAGUGUUGAAAUAUCAGUGACAAUAUCGGAAGUGAUCUGAAAAAAUAAAAACAAGAAAGCAUGAAAUGGGAACCAAUCUUCACAUGCUUGAGAAUCCCUGGUAGUGAUAAGUAAAGUUAAUACUGUUGAUUGUAUUGUUUUAUUAUUUUUUUGGAGAGAAGUUGCUAGUUAAAUUUUUAUUAUAAAUUUUUAUGAUUUAUUGUAAUUAUUUGUAUUUAUUCAAGACAUAUUUAUUGAAACAAGUAUCUUUAUUAGAAUAAGAAUGUAAACUAUUAAUUUUUGUGUAAAUAGAACAUUUAUAAAAGGAUAAUCAUCGUGAUCCUUUCCUGCAUGAAAAGAGUUUUAUCUGGUAAUGUGGUCUACAUAUUAUUUGACCAAGAGAUUGCUAGAUGGAUAUUUAAAUGGUGAGAUGCAGUAUUUAAAGCUGGAGAUUUAACUUAGUUACUUACUUUAAUGCCAUUUACAUGUCCCUGUAUUAUAUUUUAUUUAAAUGUAUGUAUGUUACAUAUUUUGUAUUUAAAUCAAAAGCAUGUUAUGUAGAGAAGUGGGAUGUAGCCAAGUGGUAGAAUGUCCACCUGAGGUGUGAUGGUUCAUAAGACCAGAGGUGGACUUGUCCCAACCAAAGAUGGACCUCUCCUGUCUAUCCAGAGGUGGACACCUUCCGUUUGGAUCCAACCAGAGGUGAACCUCUCCCGUCCCAACAAGGUGGACUCCUCCCAACCAAAGGUGGACUCCUCCCAUCCCAACCAGAAGUGGACCCAUCCCAACUAUAGGUGUCAACCUCUCCCGUUCCAACCAGAUGUCGAACCCUUCUGUACCAACCACUCGUGAACAUAUUGACUGGUACCAUUGUCUUCUAUCACAUCAUAUUCAUCUAACUUUAUGUAAAACCAGCGAGCAUAAUUACUCGCCCUCCAGAAGCCACUGUGCCCCACAACUGGUAUAUCAAAGGCUGCGUUACAGUGGUCUUGUCUGUGAUAAAGUGCAUAAAAAGAUCAGGUGUAGACAAAAUUUCAAUGUAAUGAAAUGGCUGUAGUUAAAAUGUAGAGGUAGGCCUACUCCUUGUUUAAAAGUAAUCUUUUGUACUGCUGGAGAAAGACGAAUACUGUGCCUUGAUGUUUUUUCAGUCCCAUCUCCUAGGCGAGGUCUGUCUUUGUGAAUAGUUUAUUUUAAAUAGGCAUGAAUUCAAUCUGUAUGUUCCUUUGUACAUGUUUCAAUUUUUAUUACAAUGUGGGGUGCACAUCCCUUUGCUCAGGAUCUGAAUAUGUGUUGACAUCAGAGUAGGUACAGGUAGAUAUCAAUGAUUGGGUUUAGAAAAGAUGGGGAAUGUGCCUCACUGUCCUGCUCACUGUGAGAUACGAUCUGCUGUUAAAGAAUUAUAUUUAUUGCCAUAUACAUACCUUUAUAUUUAUGAAUUAUUUAAUAAAAUAUUUUAAUUAG